GAAGUCUUCUUAAACACGCUUAAUGUUUAUGCCGGAACUUUACUUGAUGAGCACUUAUCUCAUUUCGAUGGAAGAGGUCCUAUUAAUCCCAAGGGUCUACAGUUCUAUAAGAACUUCAUUCAAGAACUCGUAAGCCAUAGUGAGACCUGUUUUCUUAUCCUAACCAACUCUUGGAUACCAAAAUUUUCUCUUGUGUUGAGUUUGGACUUGAGUAAACUUACUACAAGAAUUGAACCACAUGUUACACUGUUCCACUACGAUCAUCCUCAGUAUCUUGAAGAUGACUAUGGAGGAUCGAUUAACCGCAGAAUCAUCCAAGACUUUACUGCUUAUGCGGAUGUUUGCUUCAGAGAGUUUGGGCAUCACGUCAAAUUCUGGACAACGAUCAACGAGGCGAAUAUAUUCACUAUUGGAGGAUACAAUGAUGGGAUCACACCGCCAGGUCGUUGCUCCUCACCGGGUAGAAACUGCUCAUCAGGGAACUCUUCAACUGAACCAUAUAUCGUAGGCCAUAACUUGCGGCUUGCGCACGCCUCUGCUUCAAGACCGUAUAAGCAAAAGUACAAGGAUAUGCAAGGAGGUUCUAUAGGCUUAAGCUUAUUUGCUCUAGGGUUUACACCUUCUACGAGCUCCAAGGAUGAUGACAUUGCAAUCCAAAGAGCCAAAGAUUUCUACUCCGGUUGGAUGCUUGAGCCUCUUAUAUUCGGAGACUAUCCCGAUGAAAUGAAAAGAAUUGUUGGAUCAAGACUGCCAGUUUUCUCAAAGGAAGAAUCAGAACAAGUUAAAGGCUCAUCUGAUUUCGUAGGAAUCAUUCACUAUCUUGCAGCUUCGGUCACAAACAUCAAAAUCAGACCUUCUAUUUCAGGAAACCCGAAUUUUUAUUCAGACAUGGGUGUAUCUAUGACAUUCCUUGGGAAGUUUUCAGCUUUCGAGUAUGAUGUUGCUCCAUGGGCUAUGGAAAGUGUCCUUGAGUAUAUAAAGCAGAGCUAUGGCAAUCCACCUAUCUACAUUCUUGAAAAUGGUACACCGAUGAAGCAAGAUUUGCAGCUACAACAGAAGGACACACCAAGGGUUGAGUACUUACAUGCUUACAUUGGUGCUGUGCUCAAAGCCGUUAGGAAUGGAUCAGACACGAGAGGUUACUUCGUAUGGUCAUUUAUGGAUUUAUACGAGUUAGUGAAGGGAUACGAGUUUAGUUUUGGAUUAUACUCUGUGAAUUUCAGUGAUCCUCAUCGUAAGAGAUCUCCCAAACUCUCUGCUCAUUGGUACUCUGCUUUUCUCAAAGGCAACAACACUUUUCUUGGUUCUCAAGGCAUCACGCAAUUGCAGAGCAACUUCUCUUCUUCAUCUUUUUCAUAGUAAUGUUGCAUUUAGAUAUUCUCAUGAAUCUGAAUCCUUCAGUUAUGAGAGUUAUGAAAAACAUCAGCCUCUCUGUUUUACUAUGUUUGAACUGCUUGCCGUUUUAAUGUCUGUCAUCCGAAUUUUAUUUUUUCCUUAAAA